UACGCAGCCAAAAUGCAGUUCUCAUCAAUCUUCGCGACGCUGAUGCUCGCCGUCACUGUCACAGCUAUCCCCGCAGGCGAUGGUUGCCGCAAGUCGGAGGGCAUCAAGACCACCUGCGUCAUGUCGAGCAACCGCAUGGCCUGCGACUGGCCGGCGUCAUGCCCCGCUGGUCAGAGGGUCAAGUUCUUGGAUAACUCGCCACAGUGCAAGGAUAAACCAGCGGGUACGCCGUGUACCGGAUACUGGAGCUGUUGCCCCCGGUAAAUGUCCUUGUUUGACUGAAGUUGGGAGAAGAAUGAAG